GCGGCAGUUUCUGAUUCAAAAAACAAUUUACUUGAAGAAUCAGAAGCUAAUUUUGGAAUCAGAAUUUCAUUACCAAUGAACUGCUACAGAAUAAGCAAGAGAUAGAGGAGUUCUUAUUUUUUGCAUCAACAUGCGAGAUAUCUGUUCUUACCAUUUGUCGACAUUUGCCAUUUUGAUGAUAUGCAUGUUUGUAAGUUCUGAUGCAAAAUCAACGUGCACCAAGUUAGAAACAUACAGAGAAAGUUAUAAACGCACUUAUACGUACCCUGUGCAGGAAAAAUACAAAACAACAUGUGCGCUAUUUUUUACCUGUACUCGGGAGAGAACAGUUUACAAAAUUGGAUAUUCAACGGAAUAUCGAACAGCCAGGCGGACUAUAACUGUAUGCUGUAAGGGUUAUGCCAAAUCUGGCAAUACUUGUUUACCUGUAUGUGCUAAUGGAUGCUACAGAGGACAAUGUGUUAAACCAGACACUUGUGACUGCUUCAUAGGAUGGACAGGUGCUAUAUGCGAUGAAGUUUGUCCUUCUGGAUAUUAUGGAAAAAAUUGUUCUGAAAAAUGCAAUUGCCGCCAUGCAUCUUCGUGUUCAGCUACAACCGGAGAAUGUUACUGUUCACCAGGUUGGAGAGGCGAUCAUUGCGAAUCUCCUUGCAAGAAAGGAACGUUUGGUUCAGAGUGUAAAGAACGAUGCUCUUGCAUGAACGAUGGCUUGUGUAAUCACAUUGACGGAAGUUGCAACUGCACUGCCGGAUUUCGUGGGUUGAAAUGUGAUGAAAUUUGUCCAAAUGGAACAUGGGGUCUAAACUGCUCCAAUAAAUGCCAAUGUAAGAAUGGGGCAAAAUGUAUGCCCUCAACAGGAUAUUGUGAAUGUACACCGGGAUGGAAGGGUCCAAAGUGUGAUUUGCCUUGCGAAUCUGGUAAGUAUGGUAAGAACUGCAGCCGAAACUGUAAUUGCAUGAAUAGCGGAUUGUGUGAUCCUGUGGAUGGUUCUUGCAAAUGCCCGCCGGGAUACAAAGGAUCUAUAUGUAAAGAAAUUUGCGAUGAUGGUACUUGGGGUCUUGAAUGCUCACACAAAUGCAAGUGUAAACACGAAGCCAAAUGUGACCGAAUUUCGGGUUCCUGUGAUUGCACACCAGGCUGGCGAGGUGAGACUUGUGAUUUGCCCUGCAAGCCUGGGAAGUAUGGUAAGAAUUGCAGCCAGCAGUGCGCAUGCCGAAAUGGUGCCCUGUGCGAUCCAGUGGAUGGCUCUUGCAACUGCACGGAUGGAUUUAAAGGAAAAACAUGUGAUGAAGUCUGUCUUAAUAAUACAUGGGGUCAUUAUUGCUCGAAGAAGUGCAAAUGCAAAAAUGGGGCAGCCUGCAUACCGACAACGGGAUACUGUGAUUGCUUGCCAGGAUGGAGAGGCAAAAGAUGCGAUGACCCUUGUGAAUACGGAACAUAUGGGAAAAAUUGCAGUCAGCAAUGCUUGUGUAUGAAUAACGGAACAUGCAACCCCAUAGAUGGCUCCUGCAAUUGCACUGCUGGAUUCCGCGGAUCAAAAUGUGAUGAAAUUUGUGCAAAGGGCACAUGGGGAUAUAAUUGCUCAAACAGAUGCACGUGCAAAAAUGAAGCAAGAUGUCUACCGACUACAGGAUUUUGCGAAUGUUCUCCUGGAUGGAGAGGAAAGAACUGUGAUGUGAAAUGUGAACACGGCAAGUAUGGGAAAAACUGUAACCGAAACUGUUCCUGCAAAAAUGGCGCAAUGUGUGAUCAUGUGGAUGGUUCUUGUAAAUGUAGACCUGGUUUCUAUGGAACAUUAUGUGAUAAAAUUUGCCCGAAUGGAACGUGGGGUUACAAUUGCUCGAAAAAAUGCAACUGUAAAAAUGGAGCAACCUGCGUACCAUCGACAGGAUUUUGCCAGUGUACUGCAGGAUGGAGAGGAGAUAGCUGCGAUUUGACUUGUCCUCAAGGCAAAUAUGGGAAAAAUUGCAGCCAAGCUUGCUUCUGUGAAAACGGCGGAAUCUGCAAUCCCUAUGAUGGUUCAUGCAACUGUACAGCUGGAUAUAUAGGCACAAACUGUAAUGAAAUGUGCCCAAGAGGCAGGUGGGGUUUUAAUUGCUCCCAUUUAUGCGAAUGUCGAAAUGGAGCUCAGUGCACACAUACGAAUGGCUACUGUAAUUGCACGAGAGGAUGGCGAGGCAAGAACUGCGAUUUACCUUGCGAAAGCAGCAAGUUUGGGAAAAACUGCAGUCAACAAUGUAUGUGCGAGAAUGGAGGACUUUGUAAUCAUGUGGAUGGUUCAUGUAACUGCUCUGCUGGAUACCAUGGUAAAAUUUGCAAUAAAAUUUGUCGGAAUGGAACUUGGGGCUAUAAUUGUUCCAAUAUGUGCACAUGCAGAAAUGGAGCAAAAUGCAUUUCAUCGACGGGAUACUGCGAAUGUUCACCAGGAUGGAGAGGUAAUAUCUGCGAUCUUCCGUGCAAAAAUGGUACCUACGGUAAAAACUGCCAAGAAAGAUGUGCAUGCAAACAUGGAGUAUGCAGCAAUGUAGAUGGCUCUUGUAACUGUACAGCUGGAUACAGAGGACUGACAUGUGAGGAGAGUUGUCCAAGUGGUACUUGGGGUUAUAACUGUUCAAAUGAAUGUGAAUGCAAAAACGGAGCAAAUUGUUUGACGUCUACAGGAUACUGUGAUUGCACAUCAGGCUGGAGAGGUGAGAAAUGUGAACUGCCUUGUGAAUAUGGUAAAUAUGGAAAGAACUGUACUAAAGUGUGCAAAUGUUCGAACGGUGGCUUCUGCGAUCAUAGAGAUGGCUUUUGCAAAUGCACAGCUGGUUAUCGAGGAACAACAUGCAAUGCAACUUGCGAGAAUGGUACUUGGGGUCUUAAUUGUUCGAAUACCUGCGAGUGCCGUAAUGGAGCAGUGUGUGUUCCGAUCAGUGGUAUAUGUUUGUGCAAUGCAGGCUGGCGAGGUAUACGCUGUGAUUUACCAUGCGAGAAGGGCUUUUAUGGGCCAAACUGUACUGAAAAAUGUUUAUGCCAGAAUGAAGGCGUAUGCGAUAUUUUGAAUGGAACUUGCUAUUGUGCACCAGGAUAUAAAGGAAUUAGGUGCAGUGAAAUUUGUCCAAACUGGACAUGGGGAGAAGCUUGCUCGAAUAACUGCACUUGCGAAAAUGGAGCAACAUGCGAUCCAGUUUUAGGAGCCUGCCUCUGUGCACCAGGUUGGACAGGUCCGAAUUGCAAAUUACCUUGUGAAAAUGGCACUUAUGGAAAGAACUGCAGUUAUCAGUGCUCUUGUCAGAAUGGGGCUUAUUGUCAUCCAAUUGAUGGACUUUGCGAUUGUCUUCCCGGCUAUCAAGGAACUACCUGCGAUGAGAUCUGCUUAGCGGGAACUUGGGGGAAAAAUUGUUACAAUAACUGUACUUGUGCAAACGGUGGACGUUGUGAUCCUAUACAUGGAAUUUGUUCUUGCAGUCCAGGUUGGCAAGGAUCACAAUGCAGAGAACAAUGCACAAAGGGCACUUAUGGGAAGUUCUGUAAAAAGAAAUGCAAAUGCCGUAACGAAGCUGAAUGUAAUCCUGUUGAUGGCACUUGCACAUGCCGCAGUGGUUUCAUGGGCACCAUCUGUGAUCAGAUAUGUCCUGAUGGAACUUGGGGAUUGAAUUGCUCGGAGAUAUGCUUAUGCGAAAACGGUGCAGAAUGUCUACCUUCAACAGGAAAUUGUAUUUGCUCUCCAGGGUGGAAAGGUGAAGCUUGCAACCUCAGCUGUAAUAAUAAUACAUACGGAAAAAAUUGCAAGAAAAUAUGCCUUUGCAAAAAUGGAGCUAGGUGUAAUCAUGUAGAUGGUUUUUGCAACUGCACAGAUGGUUUCAAUGGAACAAUAUGCGAUCAACUCUGUACUCAAGGUACUUGGGGACCUAACUGUAGAAACAAUUGCAGCUGUAAGAAUAAUGCUACCUGUUCUCCUAUCAAUGGAACAUGUUUUUGCUCUGCUGGUUUUUAUGGUAAGAAAUGCGAAGAAAUGUGUCCACCUGGCUGGUAUGGAGAUGGUUGCAUAUAUAAAUGCCAAUGUAAAAAUAAUGGCAUAUGUCAUCAUGUGACUGGCGAAUGUAUAUGCCCUCCGGAAUACAUUGGAUAUUACUGUGAAACUAGAUGUUUAUCUGGAAAUUUAGAUCGAAAUUGUAGUCAACACUGCACAUGUAAUGAUUCUUCAGUAUCAUUCACUGACUUAAAUGGAGGCUGCAUCUGUUCUUCAAGUUGGCAUGGAAGCCAAGUACUGGGAAAUAUGCUCUCAAAUUUACUUUUGAAACUGCUGUACAUUACGAGCAGUUCUGCAGUUGUUGCUACACUCCUUCUAUUAAUACUUAUUUGUGUGCUGUUCAAAAGCAGAAAGCAAGGUGCAACUAAUGUGACCAUGGCUGAAAAAGAAGAGAAGUCCCGUGGAGGACAUUUUAAGGGAAAAUGCCCCAUAUCAACUUUAACAUGGAGAAAACCAUGAAAACGCCCAUACAGAUAGCCCGUUCAUCAGGACUCGAUCCCCAGACGGAACUAAAAGUGGCCAGAGGCUUUUAUUGUUCUCCCGCUGAUGAGCCGGUUUUCUUACUCUUACGCAGAUUGCAGUCCAGUGAAAGAAAAAGGAA